AUGGAUUCGAAAACCGGUCCUGUCGAAGAUGAUGCCAACACGGCGGUGGAAUUGGAAUCGACGCCAGACACAGAAGCCCUUGCGACUGCUGCCGGCGAGCUAGCGGAAGCAAGUGACGAUGUCACGGCGUCGGAAGCUGGAACUGGCCUUGAAAACGACGAGCAAGGGUCCGGGCGGCUGUCCGCUCUGGUCCCCACGCUGGGACGCUUUGCGACACGCGCUCACAAGGCGUCGCAGCCGUAUUUGUCGUACGCGGCGAUGGCGUCUCAGGAGGCGGCGAGGUUUACCGCCGGCCACGCCAAGCGUUACGUGGACAAGAUGCAUUCGCAGCACCGUAGGGGGGAAGCCCCACCGGGGCAGGUGGACAACGCCAAGGUGGACUGGUCGGGCGUGGGCGCUAGGUUCUGUUCGCUCUCUUGGUACGAUCGGCAGCUCGUGGAAAACUCCAGAAGCGGCGACACCUUGGAAGGGCCCUUGAAGAGAGAUGAAGAGCAGGAGAAGGGGGAGAAGCAAGGAGUCGUAGAGGGAAGCGAUAGCGGCGAUCCCAUCCUGUCACCAUCGGCACGACUCCACGGUGACAGCGGCGGCGGCGAUGGCGGGUUCGGGUUCGGCGUCAGAGCAAGACCAGCCGACGCAUCGGUGAUGGCAACGCUUAAGGACCUCGACCCAUGGGUCACCGCCCCGAUUUUCGAAGACGAGUGCAACUCCAUGGACCCCAUCCACGCCAUGGUUUCCGGCCGGCCGCCGUUCCCAGGCGCCGGCGCCGGCGGCGACAGUGGCGUCAGCAGCGGCCAGAGGGACAGCCCGUCGCCGCCCAGGUUGAGACCGGGGGGCGGGCCGCUCGACGGCCUGUGCGAGUCGUGGGAAUCCGGCGAGGACGGGGGAGGGGGCGUUGGCGCGGACGAGUUUGCCGUCGCGCCUGCUGCGGACACGGCGUCGAUGCGGGAGUUCAUGGAGACCUACGAGGAGCUGGGCGGAGCGAGUCUCCCGGGCGGGGUGCCCGAGGCGGCACGAGUCGACGAGCCGACCAGCGGAGGAGAUUUGUCGGCGUCGACACCUCUCCUCGCCCAGGCGCACGCGACCGCUCUCGACGGCGUUCAACAACCGGGAGACGCGGUACCCGCGGGGGGGGCCUGCCAGGCUCCUAACCCAGCCUCUGCGACACCCCCGCCGGUGCCAACGAAGCCGGAUAGCGUGACCGCCGCUUUCCUCGUCAAGGAGAGGGUCGAAGGCGCGAAAGAGGCCGCUACGGGCGAGGCUGCUGCUGACGGGAGCACCCCUGGCACGGUCUCGUCGCAGGACCUUCUCCUGGAGUGGCUCAGGCGGGAGGCCGGGCAGGGGGACGAGGAGGCCCAGUUCCACCUUGCGCAGCUGUUCUCGCCGCCCCGAUUCGAGAUGAAGCCCAAGUGCCGGGAGUGCGGGGAGGACUUCGGGGUGACCCGGUACCGGCACCACUGCCGACACUGCGGCGGGUCUUUCUGCCACGAACACGCGUGGCACGAGCACCCCAUACCCAAGCUAGGGCUACCCGCCCCGCAGCGCGUAUGCACCCCUUGCAAGCACACCCUCGAGCUGGAGGACUGGCGAGAGCGCGUCGAGUGGAGACUUGAGCGUGUGAACGCCUUCCUCGAGAACCGUCUCAUAUCGUACUUCGACACAGGAGUGGACACCGUGGGCGACAAGGCUCUUCGAGUGGUGGACGGCGCUAUUUACGUGGCCAAGUCGGCACCGCUGGGCACGGCCGUCAAGGUGUCGGUGGAGGUGAUGGACGUGCUAAUGAAGUACGGCACGGCGGGUGUGGCGGGCUUGGUUCUCCGUCGGGAGUUCGUAGAGGCGGUGGAAGUGCUCAAGCGCCUCUCGGGCGUCGACAAGAAGUGGCCGAUGAGCGUGCACGAGAUGACCGCCGCCAUGUACUACCUCCUCGCCCAGCGGCGGGGUGAGAGGGGCUCCGCGCCCAACGGCGAACACGAGGCGCAUGCCGACUGCGAGGCCAUCUCCGACACCGAGCUGGCGUUCCUCCGCAGGAUGUCUGCUCUUCCCCUCCACUUCGCCUACACCAAGACGGCGCUCGAACUUCAGGUCCUCUGCAACAACACGGGCUGGUCGCUGGUGUUCCACAAGCCCGACUCUCGGUUCCACCAGCCCGCCUUCUCGCUGCUCGCGUGCGGCACGACCAAGACCGCCGCGCUGGUGGUGAGGGGAACGGGAAGCAUCCAGGACGUCAUCACCGACAUCCAGGCGAUGCCGGUGCCGUUUCCCUCUCCGCGGGGCGACGCCGAAUCGGGUGCGGCGGAAGAAGCGGACGGGUGGAGCGACUUGCCCCCGACCGAAACCGUGGCGUGCAGCGGCAUCGCAAGGGCAGCCGAGUGGCUACACCGCGAGGUGGGGCACCAGCUGAUCAAGCUGUACCGGGAGAACUACAAGAUCGUUAUCCUCGGGCACUCGCUUGGAGGUGGCGUUGCGGCGCUUCUUGGCGUCCUCCUGAAAGAUGCGAUCCCCGAUGUCCGCGUCGUAGGAUUCGCCACCCCCGCCUGCGCGGACAUCGGCGUGUCCAGGCUGUGCGAGGGCCUGUGCACGAGCGUGGUUCUGCACGACGACGUCGUCCCUAGGGUCACGCCCCACGCCGUUCGUGCCCUGCUCAAGGACCUCUUGUGCACCAAGGAGGGCUGGGUGAAGCACCUGUACAACGACUGGGACGCCGUCGUCGGCCGCGCCAAGGGACUGUGGGCCCCCCGGUGGAGAAUGGCCUCGGUCGCCGCGGUGCAGCAAGCCUCCGGUGCCACCGAUAGCACCGCCAUCGUUCCCGCGGGCGACACCGACGAAGAGGAAAAGGCAUCCACCGUGAAAAGCGACGGCGUUGGAGCAGCAGCAGCAGCAGCGUCGCCGAAUCUCCACGAGACGUCUCCGCAGGAGGCAGGAGACGGUGCCGCGCCGGUCGAUGGUGGAGACGAGUGGGGUGGACGAGGAUCGCCAACGGAGGUGGUGGUGGCAAAGGAAGACGUCACCGCCGAAACCGUUAGCGGGGAGGAGACGAAUGCAGGCGAGGCGGUGCAGGCCAAGGGGGGUCGGUGGCAACGGGGACGGUGGUCCUCGGUGGACGUUCGGUCGGUGCAGAGCCGCCUUAGCCGGAUCGUCGACGACACAAGUGCGAGAAUUCGCAGUAAUAUUGUCAAGGACCCGGAUUCGGCCGCCGUGCCGCCUCCCGUACCCCCGCGACCCGCCGCUUCCAACAACGACACCAACACCUUGCCGAGUAGCUGUGGAACCGGACGCGAUCCGGCAGGCGUGCUGGUGCCGGGAAAAGACGGCGACGGUGCUGGUGCCUCGGGUGACGACGCGGUGGUCGUCGUCGGCGGCGGCGGCGGCGCGGGGUCAGAGGAGGAAGAGGCGGAGGUGGUGGAAGAGCUGCCGCUCCCGGAGCUGUACGUCCCGGGAAGAAUCGUCCACAUUUACAGCCAGCGUGGCGUGUACCGAGCUACCGAGGUCCCGAGAGACCAUGACACGCUCCGCACCAUCCCGAUGUACGGGAACAUGCUCGCGGAUCACGCCAGCAUCGCGUACUUUGACGCUCUGGAGGAAAUCGCGGCGGUGCGCACAGCCGAGGCGAAGGGAGAGUUCAUGCCCGACUGGGUUCCGUUCUCGGAGUUUGAGGUGUCCCAGCUGUGCAAGGCCGAUUUUUGGUGGGCGUCCACCUCCAAGUCAGAGGCCCAGCGAGCAAGGGACAAGCACAAUUGCCGGAUGUGCGGCCUCCUGGUGUGCGACCCGUGCUCCGACCACCGCAAGCCUCUGCCGAGAGUGGGCGUCUUGGAAGCGUGCAGGGUCUGCGACAGGUGUUUCUAUGGCGCAGAUCCGUCGACGGUGUAGUAGUGCGUUUCUUCUUGCUUCGCCUCUCGGCGGAAAUAAAUGGGGUUGUGGAGGGAUGCUUGGACCGGACUACAGGCGCCGAAUCAUAAGCCUAGUCAGCUGAUGGCUUGCUUUCGGCUUCUGUAACAGCUAGUCGUGGGGUUCAAGACGAACUUAGCCUAUAAGCGGUUUGAUUUCGGCUUCUAUGGGACCCAAGUGGGGACGUGCGGUUCGGAAAGUUUCUGAAGUUACAGUAUUCUCGCGAAGGCGAUGGCACAACGACGUCAGAUGGUGGACAUACCCAGCAACUCAGAACGAACUCUGCCGCCGAGAUCUUUCCGAAGAUAGCCGCGCCCACAGCAGUAGAGCAUUUCGUCUGCAGACAGGCGUCGCAUCCAGUCAGGGUGGGUGUCGAGACCACGCAAUACGUGGAGAACGUUGGAAGACAGAAGAGGGGUGGCGCAGACAUUAUAGUUGGAAGGACAAUGGUACCCCUCCCAUUUUUGUGUUCACGGGGUGGAGGGUGUGCUCGGCGUGUUGGUGAUAAAUGAGUCGUGAAUGUCUGUCUGGGUCCCUCGUCAGGCGGAGGUUUUAAGAUAUCCCCCAGCGCAAUUUAGCUGGCGUGGUUGUGUAUAUAUUAUAAAAAGUAGGUGCAGGAAUAUUUCGUCGGCAAAUACUCCGUGUACAUACGACGCGUGCGUGCGUAUUAUUCAGUGGUGCUCCUUUUGUUUUUUCGGAUACGUGGUUGCAGCAGCAACAGCAGCGUAGGGCAACGCUUGUUUUACGGUUUUGCAUUUGUUUGUAACAUUCGGCGGCAACGAGUCCAGAGAACGGUUGGAACGUGGUCGCCUAGGGGAGGAAUAUGGUGAGGAGACCUUUUCUUGUGAUCGCCUUGAUCAAUGUAUGUAUGUAGAUUCUACGGGAGAACAGGUUUGCUGCGGGAAGUGGUCUGGCGGACCCUACCACGCGUAUACUGACAGGCUGUGGCGCCGGGGGGGUUGUUGAUCACUCAAGAAUCGUAGGGAAGAGCACCUCUCAGCGGCCGUUCAAGAAUUGAUCGAACCUCUAGGUGUGUUGGUAGUCCAGACAAUUCCCAGGUUAAAAAAACGAGAUACAUGUCGCGAAAAACGGGAGAGAUCGCCACAAAUCCCCGGUGAUCGCUUGGAAAUUGACGGGCGAAAACGUCGACCGCCAUUUGUUGUCGAGCUAGCUCCUGUCGGUUUUGGAUGGAGAGCUCUUUGCGUCUGCGCUCUAGAUGAUCACAUGAGCGAGCUUUCUGUUGGUCCAGGUUUGGUUCCGAGACUGCCAGCAAUAAAAAAAGCCAUAUGGCUACGUGUAUCGUAGCCUAGUCGGUCGGAUAGAUGGGCGGUCAGUGGUGUGAUGGGAGAGAGAAAGAACGAAGUAUAAAAGCAUCUGUUGUUGUACAAAGAUAUCUCUCUCAAGAGAAGAACGUAGUUUAUGUGACGAAGGGCGACUGUCGUUGGCAUUUGGCUGAAAGUUGGUGAUAUGAGUGAAUGCAGAGCACGCAGGGUCUAACACUGCCAGGAUGGGCAAAUUCGGUUCAAAAGAUGACUGGAUGUUGUGCCGGAGGGAAUGUACAGUUAUCCGGUAGGAUACGAAAAGUUACGCGUGAGAGCUGUCGGUGUCCUAUUGGCAGGUGGAAUGGUUGUUGGGCAGUCGGUGUAUCCGUAGAUGUUUGCGACGUCUUCAAUUUGUUUCACCAAGCUUGCUGCUUUGUUGGACAGAGAAAGAAAGAGAGUGUUGUCGUGGAAAAUUACAACUGAGGAGCUCCCGUUCACCUUUUCGAAUUUUCGUUCAUUUCACUCUCUUCGCAUGUGAGUGCUGAUGGCGAGAGGGUUCACGCGUGAGUGAUACAAAAAAAAAGUGUGUUCCCCCUUAGCACGGCCUCUGAUCACUGUGUCGGAUGCGAAACUCAGCAAAAAAUAGUUUGCAAGGAAACCAGCCAGUCAGUAACUGUUGCUUCAUGUAUGCACGUUGUAGAGCUUGACUUUACAUGUAGGUAAAACUUCGGAGAUAAAGCAAAAUACUGCUGUCG